AUGCAGUUAACAUCCCCACUUAAGAGAGGUUCUUGGUUAAGAACAACAUCUGGAGGCGAAGCUUGGGUUAAAUAUCACUGGGAAAAGCAAUCGUAUCAUAUAUGUGAUCAAUGUUGGGUUAUCGACCACUCCGACGAUACAUGUGCACAAAUUGCACUUCAACUACAACUGGAUUCUAUGUCUCAAGAGGAGUACGAAAUAUGGAGUCUGGAACAAAAAGAUCAUGAAGUAGUUGCUGCCACUGAAGGAGAAGCUGGUGUUGUUAACAUUUCUGGUGCCACUAUUCAUAACCCGGGUGCCAAUAAAGAAAAUGAAUCCUUAUUCGUGGAAAUGACCAGAGAUGAAAACGAUAAUGCCGAGGAGAGACAAAUCAAAAGGUCUCGUAAUGAGUCCUCUAACUCAUCACAAAAUAGCAUCAACGAGAAGAAAUCCCAACCUUCUCUUCUCAAAACAUCAAACCCUCGUCCCAAACAAUCUGAUCUGAAACUCUCUGAUGUCAAAAUGAAGAGCAACCAGUCCGAGACUUCUAGCAACCAAACCGAACCAAUGGAAGGUGUGGAAAUGGAGGAAAUUGAAGAGAACCCAGUUGUUGAGGUAGAAAUUGUGCUGAUUAAUAACAUGGGGGAUGCUAACAAGGGGAAUUCAAAGGAUGCAAAACAGUCGCAGGCCAAGCACUAAAUCCAGAAGAAGCCGAAUGUACUGCCUUACUACGCAAAAUAUAUAAUUUCCUUUCUGAAUAAAAUGGUGGAUCUGAUUAGCUGGUUCAACAAUUCCAUAUUGGAAGAUUGUCUUUUCAUUCUUAGGGAUUUUAUCUAUGUUAAAACUGAGUAUGUUAAUAGGAAUCUUAAUGAUUGUGCUGAUAAAGCAACUAAAUAUAGUAGGAAAUUCAAUGUACCAGGUGAAUGGUUGGAUUUCUAUCCCCCACUAAACCAGAUGUAAUCAUUUUCUACUUCAAUAUAUCUUCCUUUUCUAGC